UUUCUGAACUUCGUGAUGAGUACAAAGAAAAUGAAAGUCCGAUCAAUGAUGAGAGCCCACCUAUGAUCCUACUCUGCGCCAAACUAGAGUACCUGCUACAGUUUGAUCAGAAAGAGAAGAAAUCCUUCUUUGGAACCAGGAAGGAUUACUGGGACUUUAUUUCCGUCAGUAUGAAGAAGAAAGCUGCAAAAGACUUUCAGCAAAUGGAACAAGCUGUGAGCGAGCUAAAGACUUCACUGGGGAAAGGAAGACGUUUUAUGCAGUACUGCCUAGUACAUAACUGUCUUGCUGACACCCUGCAGCUGUGUUUCAUGAACACUCAACUCACAAGUGAGUGGUACUAUGCGAGAAGCCCAUUCUUAAAAGAUGAGCUACGAUCUGCAAUCAUUUCCCAUCUUUAUGAGCUAAAUGGGAUUCAGUUUGACCUAGAUAUGAGAGGCACCAAUCUAGAUGUGGGAUGGCCGCUGGCUACAAGGCCAACAAAAGUUAUCAGUAAAAUGCUGAACGGCACUAACAACAACAGCAAAUCUACUUCCCAGGAUGACUGCCCACAAAUGGAAGAUGAAAUUGUUUGUGAAAGCUUCAACUAUCAGAAGACCACACCGUUCGCAUCCACCUCAGAGGGACUGCAUAUCUCAAAUCAGCCUGCCAUGACUGAAAACUCUGCUGAUGAUUAUUUAACAAGAAAUUUGAAAGCAGUAUCUGUAGACUAUGAACUGAAAAUGUCAUCCUUGGAGAAACAAAAUCAGGAACUCCUCAGCAAAGUUAACAUGAUUCAGAAGGAUGUAUCUCAGCAGCAAAGAGUUCCAGAUACAUCCAAGGACCUUCAAAAGAUCCAUGAACUUCUUAGCAACUUAGCAUCCAGUGAGAAAAGAGAACUGGAGCUCAGGAAACAAAGUUCAAAGCAGCAGUCCCAAAUUAAAAAUCUGAAGCAGGAGAUAGAAAAGAAGGAAGAAAAACUUCAAGAACUGAUAGCAAAGAAGGAAAAGCAAGACAAAGUUCUGUUUGAGAAGGACAACCAAGUCCAACUAGAGGUAGAAAAGAUCCGAGAGAGUUAUAAACAACAAUCAGAAGAUGAAUGUAAAAGAACAGCACAGCUGGAAGAGAGUAAUAAGUUAUUAAGUGAAACCACUGAGGAACUGGAUAGUCUCGUUAAUAGCUUAAAAGAAGAGCUAUCAGCAAAGCAGCAAGACAUCUUGCUACUUCAGAAACAAAACAGUGAUGCAAUAGCCACACUAACAAAAAAUCAUCUUGUGGAACUUGAAAAAAUGAAGCAAAUACAUAUGAGAGACUUGAAUAACCAUGCAAGUCAGAAGAAGAAUUUAGAAGAUCAACUAGCCAAAGAAGCAGAAUCCCUUUUAUCCAAGGAACAGCUUUUGGAUGAUGUAAAGAACAAGCUUCAGAACACAGAGGUGAGGAUAAGUAGCCUGGAAAAACACAGGAUAGAGCUGGAAGGGCAAGUUAAGCAACUGGGAAGGGAGAAAAAAGAGAUAAUGAUUGAGGCCGAGUUACAUCAGAGGAAAUAUGAACAGCUGCAGUCUGAGAACAUGACACUCCAGGAUACAUUUCACAAAAGUCAAAAGACAAUUGAGGAACUUGAACUUUCAAGAUUCUCCCUCCAGACAGAAAUAAGACAACUUCAAAAUUCUGAAUCACUGAUUCUUGGACAAGGAAACAGAGAUGAACUUACACUAGAUGAAAAAUACCACAAGCUACUAGAUGAAAUAAAGCUGAGUGGAGAGAAACUAACAGAAGUGGAAGUGCAGAACAUGAAACUGUCUCAGAAACUGAAGGCGUACCAGGUAGAAAAAGAUAAUAUUGAAAAGGAAAAGACUGAGCUUCUGCAGUCACUGACUUCUCAUCAACAGCUUCUUAAAGAUUCAAAGCUUGAAGCUGAAACACUAAGCAAGCAAGCUUCUGCAUACGUGGAACAAAUAGUUUCGUUAAAGAAUGCCGUUGAACUAGGAGAGACUAUAAUAAAUGAGAAGAAAAACGAAGUCAGAUGUCAAAAAGAACACCUUGUACAAACCACAAAACGUCUGUCAGAAAUGCAGACAAUCAAGUCAGAGAUGGAAAUCAGCCUAGGUAAAGCCAUGUCUCAGAUCGAGACACUGCAGAGUGAGAAAACCAAUAUGGAGAACCAGAUGUCAGAAUUAACGAGACAUCAAGAAGAAUGCCUAAGAGACAUGAAAACACAGUUGUCUGUCUUAGAGAAGCAGUUGAAAGAGGUGGUGAUAUCUAGAGACAAUAUACAAGAGGAAGGAUCUACACUAAAAGCUUUGCUGCAGGAGCUCUCAGACAGGAAGUGCUCUGCUGAAACUGAGCUGAAAAUUGCUUCUGAUGCUUUGGAGGAGAAGUCACUUCAACUUAACAAGGUGAAAAAGGAAGCAGAACACCUUAAACAGUCACAUCAAGAAGAGUUGGGAAAACUAACUAAGUGUGUUGCAGCACUUGAAAAAGAGAGAGAUUUUUUAGCACAGCAGAAAAAAGACCUGGAGAAUAAGAGUUUUGUUAUGGAUGAAGAGAAUCUGAAGAUGAGAUAUGAAAUGAAAAGGCUGGAAAUGGAAUACUGUGCUGCUCAGCAAACCACAGAUAAACACAUUGCUGAAGUAGUAGAGCUGAAAACUCAGCUGCAGAAACGUUUGUCAGAGAAAGAAAACUUGGAAAAGAAAUAUGCUGACAUCACAGCUCAACAGAAAAGGCAGAAUGAAGAGUGUCUGAAAGUUCUGCAAGAGCUGAAAGCUCUGCAGAAUGAAAACCAGCAACUGCAAACAGCGGCACUCUUGGUCAGUACACUAAGAGAAGAAAAUCAGCAGCUACAAAGAAAGUUACAUGAGUCACAAGGACAAGUGCAGAAGAUGGAGAACAACUUGCAGCAGGAAAGAAUGGAAAUGAAAGAAAAGCUCACCAAGGAAACUGAAGAGUUUGCUGCCCAACAAAAGGCUGCAAAAGAAAACUUUGCCAAACUGACUGAAGAGAAUAUGUCAAAAGGAAAACUUCUACAAAGGAAAGAAGAAGAACUACAAUCCGUGAAAACCAAGUUAAGCCAUUCAGAAGGUCAGUGCACAGAACUGAAGAAUGCAGUGGAGAAAACAGAGAGAGAGCUGAAAGAAAAUGAAAAAAACUACAAAGCAGAUCUAGAGGAAAAAAACGAUACCAUCAAGAACAUGAAAGAUCGCGUUGUGGAGCUUCUAAGGGAAAAGGAUGAGUUGUGGAAAAAGUCUAAUAUGAUGGAGACCCAGCAGAAAUCUUCACCCUCACCUCGUGAUCCAAACACGUGUGCUACAUGCAACAAAGACUUCAAGCUGCUGGAGAAAAAAUAUCAAUGCAGGUCUUGUAAAGCCACCAUCUGUCCGUCAUGCUGCAGAGAUGCUGGAAAGAAGGAGCGUAUCUGUGUCAAUUGCUCCUAGGUGAGACUGUAUCCAGUGGCUGCCAUUGUCUUGCGAGGACUCCACAGGGUUAAGAAGAUAUCUGGGCAGAUGAAACAGCACUUAGGCUGAAACAAGCUUCUCUAGCUGUGUUCUUAAUUUGUGCACCAUGCUGUAUGAGAAUGAACAAAUCAGAUGUUACUGCAAUCACAUACAUACAUAUUUCGCUGCUGCCUGGUAUAAACCUAAAACUGGGCUCUGGUUUCUAUGAACAGUUGUUUAAAAAGUAUAUUACCAUAUGUGGGAGAAAGGCAAAUAUAAACUGUAACGUGACGCACUGAGGAAAGAAGAAGCUGAUUUGUUUCAAAACGGUGCUCGUCUACCUACUAAUGAGAAUGUUAGUGUUGCAGCCAUAUCGAUGAGGUGUAUAGCGUGAAUGGCCCUCUAUCAUAAAUAUGAGAGCUGAUACUUACGUCCAAACAGUCCGAAAAAUGAACUACAAUUAAAAAAAAAAACAGCAACAAAUUCUGAGACUCACUAUUACAUUUUUUAAGCAUUUUUUUAUGGGUGCCCCUGAUGAGGGGUUGUAUCACCACGCUCCAAUACUGUUAUAUACACUAACUCCAAUAUCACUGUCAUUUGAAUGGGAAACACUUUAGGAUGACACAACCUCAAUUUGUACAUAUUCCUCUACCUUUGCACUUGCAGUACUGUUAUUCUGAGGCUUGUAGUCACUGAAUCAAAAUUCAGUAGGUGAAUCAUAAUCUAAAGCAGCAUAACAUCAGAGUGGAUCAGAAACUCUUCCCUGCUGUCCAUCUGUCUUUUUGUCUGUUGACCCACCACUGAAAAUCUGAGGAGAAAUGAUAAAUGUCUAAAGGAGUGAGCUUUAAAAAAGUUAAGAGGUACACACAGCUAAAAUCAAGUACCUGACGUAGUGGUGAAAAAAAGCACUAAAACUCUCCAAAGAGCUGAUAGCUAAUACAAAAGUGAAGCAGUUCUGCAUGGCCGCUUUAUUUGUUCUCUGUUUAUUUGUACUUGCAUUAUAUAAUGGCUGUAUAUCUACCUUUGCUUUACUGAGCAGAGAAAAUUACUAUGAUCUGCUUCAGCAUAUUAUCCUUUAAAAAGCAACAAAUGUACAUGUGUGUGUGCGUGCGCACUUUUGUGAGUGUGUGCCUGUGUGUGUGUGCAUGCCUGUCAGUGUGCAUGUGUCAGUGAGUGUGAAAACUCACUGUCAUAAAAGUAGCAAUGAUCUGCACAAGCUUUCUGUCUUGACCAUGACUUACCUCAGAAUUAGUUAUGUUUGCAGGCCAAAUACAAGUCAUGUUUGUACAAUGUCAUUCAUUCUAUGCAUGGCCAAAAGGGAAUGAGGCUAUUGUCGAUGGCCACUAAUACAUUUGCUAUAACAAUACAGACCUUCAGCUUCCUUCUCAUGUUCACACAUUGGGCAGAAUGACAGUGGUCUAGAUGACCACACAGUCCACAGAGUGUCACCAUGAGCUCUAGAGAGAUUACACUUGACAACGAGAUUAUACAAAGUGUUUAAAAAAGUGCUGAUCCAAGCCUAAGGGGGUGCCCACUAUACUGGUACAAGGUAUAUGUUGGGGUUCCACACAUCCACAGCUAAAGACAAUAACCAUCAAUAUGAGGAACAAAAAUGUGCCAAACAGUGACGGUACAGAAAUUGAAUUUAUGAUGUCUUUGAUUGCAAUCAACAAAGUUGUCUGUACUCGAACAAUUGAUUGUAACUUACUUUUUUGUUAUACUGCUCAUGAGUCAAGGACUAGGCUGUCACUUUCUGGAUGCUGCAUAAAUCUAUACUGCGGUGUAGAAAUGGCUUAGUGCAUCUAGUUACUGAACCUCUUGUCACAGUCAUGUAUUGCUGAGAUUGUACGCACUAAAACAUCUGUAUUUCUGACAAGUUCAUUUACCUCCAUUGCCUUGCUCUUACCUGAAUCCGUGAUAAAGUGAUUAUGACAUCAUUGUUUCUCUUGUGACAGUAGACCCUGAUGUCACAACAAAAAAUAUGAGGUCAGAUAAUGAAUAUAAAACUGCAGAUUAACUCAAGCGGCAUAUUAAUGGAAUAUUUUUAUGAAUUUGUAAAGAUCUGUUUACUAUUAAGUUUUGGGAAAAUGCAAUAUAUAUACAAAAAUGUAAAUGUAGCUCUAUGUAAUUACUAUAUUCUUUUUUCACAUUUUUCACUAAGGUGCUUACAGAUGUCUAAUAGUUUUACUAUUUAUAUAGAAGACAAAUAUAUUUUUGGCACGGCCAUACACCUCACAUAUGUAUAAUCCCAUUGACAGCUUUUGUAUUAUGUCUUUAAAAUGUUUGUUGAUGUGCCAUUAGAACAGUGUACUGUAACCAUCUACAAGCAAAGCACAAUAAACCCAAAUAAAAGCUAUUUGUCCA